ACGUCUUGGUGGAUUUCAUAAACCGAAUAUACCUGAUGCCCAAAGAAAACAAGGCACAGGUUAUGGAUAGGCUGUGUACCUGUUCACUCCGCAUGGAAACGUUCCAGGGAGGACAAAGAACCCUUGGGAAUCAGGAAGUACGCUGGAGAGAGAGCUUGGUUGUUGAGAUGUUUGCUGCUCUUCCAGAGAACCUGAGGGCCCUCUACCACAGCCUCCACAACCAUGGACAACUCCAGCAUACAGGAACUCCAGCAACCCUUACUGCCAAGCAUAACCUGUGACCUCCUGGCUCCCAGGUCUGAGAAGCCAGAGCUGGGAACCCCCUUCCCAGAAACUGCCUUUGCAGAGUCCCCCAGAGGCUGGCAGCUCCUUCUCCCACCUCUUCCUUCAGUGAGUGCUGGCCUGGGGGAGCCUGAGACCCCUGACUUUGAGGACACAUUAUCCAGUGACAGUGACUCAGAGGAUGAUGGGGGCGACCGGCUCUCUCCACUUCUUCCCCAUGACCACCUCGGCCUGGCGGUAUUCUCUGUGCUGUGUUGUUUUUGGCCUGUGGGCAUCGCUGCCUUCUGCCUGGCCCACAAGACCAACAAGGCUUGGGCCAAGGGGGACGUCCAAGGGGCAGGGGCUGCCUCCCGCCGAGCUUUCCUGCUGGGGGUCCUUGCCGUGGGGCUGGGCCUGUGCACAUAUGCAGCUGCCCUGGUGACCUUGGCUGCCUACCUUGCCUCCCGAGACCCGCCCUAGUUGCCCUUCAGCCCCCACUGUGAAUGCAGAGGCCAGAGGACCAUCAAACCCCUGAGCAGAAUGGAUGAUCUUGGUGUACACAGUGGUGACGGAGAGGACCACAUCGCCCAGAAACGAGUCAGCUGGAGGCCCCCUCCCUUUCCUGGCCACCCCUACCCAGAAGGAAGCAAUGUGAGAGAUUAAAGAUACCCUGAAG